GUGUGGCUCAAUGUUGGUCGCAUGACACCACACCAGUACACUCCUGGCAACUUCUUCAUAUACUUUUGCAUUAUCCUGGGAGCGGAGGCCUGAUCUGAUACCGAAAUGGAGCUACCGAGCGGUAGGCCUUCAUUCAGUUCAGCUAUACCGCGUAUCGCAAUCCAGGCGGCUGUCACCAUAGGUGUACUGUCCCUGCAAGGAUGCGACCCAGGCAGCACCGACGCGGGCCAAGCGAUGCGCGACGCGACAUCGGCAGUACUGUCAGGACGUUCGGCGCCAGCGCCGCCUCCGCCAGCACCGUGCGUAGACACAAACAAUGGGGCUCUGAACAGGCGUGGCAACUCCUGCGAAGUCUAUUCGCACGAUCCUGAAAUGCCGUAUUCAGGUAUCUGCCUCGACCCGUAUUAUGACGAUGAAGAUUUCUCAUCUACUAUGUGUUGUGUGUGCCCAGGAGAGUGCCCCGUGGAAGAACCAAUCGUGCAUAGCCCAGGGUCAUGUGAAGAUUGGAUCCAUUUCUCAAAUUCAAAUGAUGAUGGUGCAGGUAGGGUGUCUCAUUCAAAUCUUGGUGGACUGGGCCCGGACUUCGAGUUCAAGCCCAAGGAGCUCCGAUAUUACGGAGUGGGGCAGCUCCAGGAUGGCGUCCACAUCGACAUCGUCAUUGUAAACACAAGCGUUUACACCCCAAGGAACACCAACUGGAACAAAGUCCACGGGGACCAGGCGGUAGUGAAUCUCCUUGUUGGGGAAACGGUUCAUCUGCAGGCAGAGUUCGUGAGAAACCAUACCUUCUGCGAGCAGACGCCGUACCUGCCAAAGCUCACGUUCUGUGACAUCGAUCAUUACACCGACGGGGAGAACGAGGUGUUGACCAUCGACGGGGUCAGCGCCGUCUAUACGGUCGACGACGACAUCGAUUUCACAAUGCAGCUGUAUGAGCACGGUACUACUGACGACGAACACCCAGUUCCCUUGACCUAUACCACCGAGUCGAUCCGAACGAUGGUUGCGGGCAGGAACUCCUUGAGAUACACCUCCGCCGACGGAGGAACGUUUGGGAUUCGGGCAACGUCGAAAAUGUUCGGCCACGGCUGCGACAAUCCAGCGGACGUGAAUCAGCUCGUCAACAUCACUUGCCCAGACGCAACGUCGGCCACUGUAGACCAGGCGAAGCGAUGCUUCAUGGCCGAGUUCUCCAACACGAAUGCAUUCAGUCUCGCGUUCAGAAUCCUGACGGACAAGCCCAAGCAGUACGUCCAGACGUGGGGGCGCAAUUUCGCCAUAUCCGGGACGUCGUCUUAUUUUGCAAGAGAGAACAGCCUUUCGUGUUACACGGCCGUGCCCACCGCAUAUCCGACAGUUGCGCCGACAGUUAGUCCGACUGCGACGCCGACAGUCGCUCCGACAGCCGCGCCGACAGCGACGCCGACAAUAACGCCGACUGCGGCACCAACCCAAUCACCGACCGAUCAGCCAACAGCUGCGCCGACUGCUGCGCCGACAGCCGCGCCGACAGCUGCGCCAACCACUGUGCCGACCGCAACGCCCACAAAAACGCCGACCAGCUCCCCGACAGCGACGCCGACAGCCGCGCCGACAGCUGCUCCGACAGCUUCCCCGACAGCUGCGCCGACUGCUGCACCGACAGCCGCGCCGACAGCUGCGCCGACCAGCGCGCCGACAGCUGCGCCGACUGCGGUACCAACGAAAGCACCGACCGCUUCCCCCACAAUUGCGCCGACUUCGGCACCGACAGUUGCGCCGACAGCGACGCCGACAGCUGCUCCGACUGCCGCGCCGACUGCGGCACCAACAGAGGCACCGACCGCUUCCCCGACAGCUGCGCCGACAGUUAGUCCGACUGCGACACCCACAAACACGCCGACCAGCUCCCCGACUGCGACGCCGACAGCCGCGCCGACAGCUGCUCCGACCGCUGCCCCGACAGCGGUGCCGACAACAGUACCGACAGCCGCUGCGACAGAGGUGCUGACCAGCGCGCCGACAGUUGCGCCGACCACUGUGCCGACCGCAACGCCCACAAAAACGCCGACCAGCUCCCCGACAGCGACGCCGACAGCCGCGCCGACAGCUGCUCCGACAGCUUCCCCGACAGCUGCGCCGACUGCUGCACCGACAGCCGCGCCGACAGCUGCGCCGACCAGCGCGCCGACAGCUGAGCCGACUGCGGCACCAACGAAAGCACCGACCGCUUCCCCGACAAUUGCGCCGACUCCGGCACCGACAGUUGCGCCGACAGCGGCGCCGACAGCUGCUCCGACAGCCGCGCCGACUGCGGCACCAACAGAGGCACCGACCGCUUCCCCGACAGCUGCGCCGACAGUUAGUCCGACUGCGACACCCACAAAAACGCCGACCAGCUCCCCGACAGCGACGCCGACAGCCGCGCCGACAGCUGCUCCGACCGCUGCCCCGACAGCGGUGCCGACAACAGUACCGACAGCCGCUGCGACAGAGGUGCUGACCAGCGCGCCGACAGUUGCGCCGACCACUGUGCCGACUGCAACACCCACAAAAACGCCGACCAGCUCCCCGACAGCGACGCCGACAGCCGCGCCGACAGCUGCUCCGACAGCUUCCCCGACAGCUGCGCCGACUGCUGCACCGACAGCCGCGCCGACAGCUGCGCCGACCAGCGCGCCGACAGCUGCGCCGACUGCGGUACCAACGAAGGCACCGACCGCUUCUUCGACAGCGGCGCCAGUGGCGGCGCCGACGGGUACUCCCACCGCGACACCAACGAAAGCACCGACAGUAGCGCCGACCAUCUCGCCUACAGCGACCCCGACAGCCACCCCGACAGCUGCGCCGUCUCCUGGAGCUCCAGAGAUCCCAGAGAUCACAGAUAUUCCCAUGCCUGCUGCCGUAGCUUCCAUUCCGGAUAUUCCCACGCAUGCCGCAGCCGCAGGGGUCUCUGGAGUUUCCGGGGUUUCGGGCAUAGCUGGCUCGGCCCCAGCAGGUGGAGUGAGCGCCUCUGGUGACCCACACCUGGUCAAUGUGCAGGGGCAGCACUUCGAUCUGAUGAAAACUGGAACCCACGUCCUCCUUCACGUGCCCUACCUCGCGCGCCCAUCAAAUACGCUGCUCCGGGUGGAGGGCGACGCCGAGCGUAUAGGUGGCGCUUGUGCGGACACAUACUUCACGAGCGUCAACAUCACGGGGAAGUGGGCAGAAGCCAAGGCCCACGCCUGCUGCGAUGCCAACGGGCUCGGCUUCUUCUUCGUCGCGGGCACUGGCAAGCCCCACAGCGGCUCGCGGUGGAUGUCAUUUGGGAAGCUUCAACUGAAGGUGGUUCACGGUCGCACCGUGGGGGGCACGCCAUACUUGAAUUUCUUUGCUCGAAACCUGAAAGAUACGGGCUUCCUCGUGGGAGGGCUCCUUGGGGAGGACGACCACGGAGAGGAGGAGGCCGUGAGCGAAGUAUGCCGGAAGGUCGUGGACGUCUGAGCCGUUCGCAGUAUUGUGUUAUCUUCGGCUUUUUUUUUCGCGUCAUUUUCUCCUUCCUCCGUCCCGCCUCUUUGUGAGAACCUUCUCUUUCUCCGCCUCCCGCCAAUGUGGGCUGGCGGAAGCAUGCCUUGGCCGCGGGGCCGCCCAAACGGCGGGCCAGCCGCGGGGCGGGACCGCGGCCAGAUCCCGGCCUGCGACGAGCGCCCGCGCACCCUCCGGCUCGGGGGCGUCCAAGGAGGGGCGCUGGGGACUAGCCUCGAGCCUCCCUUUCCCCAACCUGGGCUCUGCUCGACUGGACGGCGGCGUGCUGCGCACUGCGGGGCUUUUGACACCGACCUGGGCUGACCCCCUCGCGUCGUG